AUGGUUGCUGAUGGCGCCACACUUGAGGUUCUUCACGCGGGCGCCAUGGGACUGCCUGGCUGCGUUGCCCAAAGUGAUGAGGGCAGGCCCGAAACUGGUUCCCAGCUUGAAGUUUUGCUGGCGCAAAAUUGGCACUACUCUGGUCAGCGGCUGAAAUGUUCCGUCCAGCUGGCUUCCACAGCGGGCAGAAGGAGGCUCCAAGGUGCAAUCAAUGGGGCCAUGCACAGGUGGCGUCACACCGCAGCACGGCUAGUCAGGCGCCAAGUUUUGCUCAAGCAAUUGCCCUUGCGGCCAAAUUAG